AUGGCUUCAAACACCAAGGAGAAAAUUUACCAUGCAAACGGCCGUUUCACUCGGCCAGAUAGCACAUUUCGCAACUUCGUUUCAAACCAGCCGGGCGCGCAGUUCCCCGCUGAAGCCGGUCGCUAUGCUCUCUAUGUCUCGCCCGGGUGUCCAUGGGCGCACCGAACCCUCAUCGUGAGACUCCUCAAAGGCCUCGAGUCUAUCAUCGAUGUCUAUCAGGUACACAUGACCAUGGGCCCCGAAGGAUGGUACUUUAGUGGCGAAGGCGACUCCCUGCCCGAAGAUCCCCUCCACGGCUUCAAGACGCUGAGGGAGCUGUAUCUCAAAGCCGACCCCAACUACAGCGGGCGUUACACCGUGCCUGUGCUGUGGGACAAAAAGGCAGACGUGCUUGUCAACAACGAGUCGUCCGAGAUCAUCCGCAUGUUCUACAGCGAGUUUGACCAUCUCUUGCCAGAGCCCCUGCGCGAGGUUAAUCGCCCUGGAGACGGCCUGUACCCCGAGGCCCUGCGCUCCGAGAUCGACGAGCUGAACGACUGGGUGUACAACACCGUCAACAACGGCGUGUACAAGUCCGGCUUCGCCAAAUCGCAAGAGUCGUACAAUGAGAAUGUCCACGCGCUCUUCCAAUCCCUCGAUCGACUGGAAGCAAAACUCCAGGCCCACGGGAAGCGGUUCCUGCUAGGCGACCACAUCACCGAAGUGGACGUCCGUCUAUACACGACGCUAGCACGCUUCGACGUCGCCUACUUCACCGUCUUCAUGUGCAAUCUCAAAUCAAUUCGGCACGACUACCCUGCCUUGCAUCUGUGGCUGCGGCGCCUCUACUGGGACCAGGACGUCGACGGCGCUCUCAGAGCGGCGUUUUAUCGCACUACACAGCCGUACAUCUCACAGUACGCCUUGGGCUAUGCGCAUUCGAGGCGCAAGAUUGUCUUGGGGGACGCGACGCCUUUGGUGGUACCUGCAGGCCCAGCCGUGCUGAUGGAGCCGCUGGAGGGGCGAUGA